AUGGCCUUGAAAUGUAGAUCUCCUCUUGAAAGUGACAGCAAGCUUUGGAGAGAUUAUCCUUCAAAAAUCCUGCUAAAUCUCUGCACUGCACUGCUGAUGCUAAACCUGAUAUUCCUGGUCAAUUCCUGGCUGUCAUCAUUUAACAACCAUGGCCUGUGUAUCACAGUGGCUGUGUUCCUCCAUUAUUUUCUGCUUGCAGCCUUCACAUGGAUGGGCCUGGAAUCUCUUCACAUGUACUUUGCUCUCAUCAAAGUCUUCCGUAUAUACAUUCCAAACUAUAUACUGAAAUGCUGCAUUGCUGGGUGGGGAAUACCAGCUGUUGUAGUUGCUACUCUCCUCAUUAUAAAUACGGACUUUUAUGGAUCAUUUUCUAAAAACCAGAACUCAUUCACUUUUUUUUGCUGGAUUCAAGAUGAUAUUGUCUUUUACAUCUCCGUUGUCGCCUAUUUCUGCUUAAUAUUUCUGAUUAACAUAGUGAUGUUCAUCAGUGUUCUUCUUCAAAUUCAUAUCAUGAAAUCAAAGCAGCAAAUUAAAUCCAAGAACUGGAAGCAGGGCUUUCUUCAUGAUCUGCGGAGCACGGUCAUCCUGUCAUUCUUACUCGGCUUAACCUGGGGUUUUGCCUUUUUUGCCUGGGGAUCAGCAAGGAUUUUUUUCUUGUAUGCCUUCACCAUUUGUAACACACUGCAAGGGCUUUUUAUCUUUGUAUAUCAUUGCCUGAUGAAAGAGACGGUGAGGAAGCAGUGCCGAGUGCACUUUUGCUGGGGGAGGUUUCGGCUCAAUAAUUAUUCUGAUUGGAGCAGCGCAGGAACAUCUGCUGGAUAUAAACCAAGAAAUUUAGAGCAUAAACUAUCAUCACAUUCUUUGAAAUCAACCAAGUCUCUGAAGUCUUAUGCAACAAGCUCAACUUCCAAUGGUUCAGGCUCCUUACCGGAGACAUCUUUGGAUAUGGACUUGAGAGCAGCUGAGGUGCAAUACAACCCGGGCUCUGUAAAUCCAUCUGCUUAUCAGGUAAAACAUCCUCGGGCAAGAAGAAUAUCACCUGUGGAUCUACAAUUGCACAGUACGCAGAAAACUACGUUUUUGCAGUGAUACCCAACCUGUUUUUUUCUGCUUAACUGAAGAAUGUCCUAUUUUGUGGCCUGUACAAAUAAAUGUUUAUCCAAGUAUUUAUUUUUUUAAUUAUAAAAUAAGCAUUCUGAAGAUUGUUAUAGGGCUAAAGU